AUGAUGAAAUACUAUCACUGCCCUGCAUCCCAGAGCUUGGGAAUCGAACCUUGCAUCCAGGACAUCCCAAUCACCUGCAAAGGCGCUGCUUCUCUGAAGCCAAUCCGAAGUGUCCACUUCCCCAAUGACAUCCUUUUCCAGGACUAUGUGCGACAGGGCGAGCUAGAAAGGAUUGGACGCUUCAUCCGAGCCCAGAGAGUGACGCUCGACACCAUUUACCACUCCGGCAUGGCUGCAAUCCACGAGGCCGUCCUGUCUGGGAAUCUGGAGUGUGUGAAGCUCCUGGUCCAGUAUGGAGCAGAUAUCCACCAGAGAGACGAGGAGGGAUGGACCCCUCUGCACAUGGCCUGCAGUGAUGGCUUCCCACACAUCGCACGCUAUCUUCUCUCCCUGGGUGCCGACCCCGAGCUGGAGAACGACUGCGGGGAGAAGCCGGCUGACCUCAUUGAUGAGGACAACAAGGAGCUGCUGGAGCUUUUCGGGCUAGCUGCCAACGACUGA